AAUUCCCUUCUCCUCUCUCUCUUUCUCUCUCUCUCUUUCUCAUUUUGGUACCCUCUUCUCAGAAAAGAAAGAAAUUGCAGGAUUUAUGGAUUUGAGAUGCAGAAUCGCUUUGCCAUCGAACAAGUCUCCGGCAGUAUCCAAUUUAGAUUAUUCUGAUAUAUUUGCCAUUCCAUCUGGGCCCUUGGAUCGAUUGACGCCUUGGUUACGCGUUUAUCUUCCUGAAUAGCUUCAAUCGAGUUGUAAUCACCUGCACAAUUCCAGGCGUUUCUGUUCAAGCAUGCUCUAAAACAAAAUGAACACUUCCUAUAAGUCGCGGUCGAGAGGCAAGUCUCCGGGUUGGGCUGCCUUUGACCUCAAGCAGCGUCAAAAACAAGGUCUUCUUCAUCAUCAGCUCGAUAGCAACGAUCCUUUUCCUCCCCUGCCAACCAACGCUCUUCGUCCCUGUGAAAACUUGCCCGCCAAUAACGUUUUUUCUUCAACAUCUUUCUCUUCUGCUGACUUUACUUCCUUAACAGAUAAUGUUAAUGUCAAUAAAUUGAAAGGAGUUAAUGAUUCUGGUCUAGUUGAGUCUAAGAAUCCUGAUUUUGCAUUCUUUUCUAGUUGGGUUGACAAAAGUUUGAUUCAGGAUGUCAUGGCCGCAGCUAAUAAUGAUAUUGAAAAGGCUACAACUUUAUUAAAAGAGAUGGUUUCUACUGACAGCUCUGAGCAGAAUGGUACAACUAAUUGCGAUGGUUUUCAUCAAAGCAACGAAGGUGAAGAUGAGAGUGCUUUUUUAAAAAAGACCUCAGAUCUUGCUGCAGACAUAGCUGAUCUGAGCUCUGUUCUCGAGGAUGCUUUCAGAGGUAAUCACAAAGAAUUGGAGGACGCCUGUGCUGCUUCUGAGCAGAGGCUCUCCGAUGAUGCAGUUGCAAACUUGCAACUGAUUCUAGAGCACUUGAGAUCCUUACCUGUGGAGCCUGAGUGGGAAGAGCAUGAUGUUUACUUGAGCCAACGAAGAAAUGCACUAAGGAUGAUGAGGUUGGCAUCUAAGCAUUCCAGGGCAGCCACUAAUGCCUUUAUGAGAGGGGAUCAUUUUUCUGCCCACCAGUUGUCAUUGAAGGCUCGUAACGAGUGGUUGGAUGCUGAAGGACUCAAUGCUAAAGCAGCCAAGGAAAUUUUAAGUAUAAGAAAUAGCGAAAAGAAUCCAUGGAAAUUGGACUUGCAUGGUCUUCACACAGUAGAGGCUGUUCAAGCCUUACAAGAACGUCUAGAAAAAAUUGAAAUCCAGCUUAAUCAGCUGGUAUCUCCCAGUAGAGCCAAUACAAAAAUUGAGACUGUACAUUCAUCACUUGAGCCCUUGAGUGGCAUGGGUGUGGAAAACUUAGAUAAACAACAGACAGAAUUUCGGCAAAGAUCGGCAUCAUUACAGGUCAUAACAGGUGUAGGCAACCACAGCAGGGGUCAGGCUACACUCCCAACAGCUGUGAGAAGUUUCCUCACUGAAAACAGAUAUCACUUCGAUGAAGUAAAGCCAGGCGUAAUUGCUGUUUGUCCUAAAUUCCGUCACAGGUGAAUAUCAGUUAAUUGUAACUAAUAUCUGAGGAUGCAGUCUCAUUCUUGCACCUUAAGUUGUUUAUUUCAUUCAUUUGAAGAACUUUGUUUAUAGUUUAAGCUCAAACGUCAUCGGAUACAGUGAGCUAUAAUUGAGGUAUUGGUUUUGUAAUUUUAUAUUUGAUUGUGAAUUAGUAAUGAAGCUUGUCAUUUUGUUCAUGUGCAUUGUAUUUAUGUUGAUUAUGAGAUUACUAACAUUGGUUUUGUA